CCAGUGCCCGCCUCGGGCCGUGUCACGUGUUAGCCAAAAUGGCUGCGCCCGGGCGACUCGAGCGCAGCUUGGAGUGAGCACUCGCGUGGCUGAUGGAGGUUGGAGGAGGCAGUGACUGCUGGGAGGAGAGCGUAAAAUAGCAGCAUUCCGGGUAAAGGGGUGCAGUAAAAGGCUCAAGAUGGAAAAUCAUAAACCAGAUGAUACUGUCAACAAGAACUUAAUUGAAAUCAUAACCAGAAAAACUAACCAACUUCCAGAAGCAGAAAGGAAUCUGCUCGAAAAUGGAUCAACAUAUAUUGGACUUAAUGCUGCCCUCUGUGGCCUAAUAGCAAAUAGUCUCUUUCGACGCAUCCUACAUGUGACACAGGCUCGUAUAGCUGCUGGCUUACCGAUGGCAGUGAUCCCAUUUUUGACGGCACACGUAUCUUACAAAGGUUUUGUAAGCUUACCUUUGAAUACAGGUGAUUUACAUUGUGAAACCUGUACCAUAACACGUGGUGGAUUGGUGGGUCUUGUUUUUGGUGGCCUGUACCCUGUUUUCUUGGCUAUCCCUGUGAAUGGUGGCCUAGCAGCCAGGUAUAACUCAGCCCUGCUACCCGAGAAAGGAAACAUCUUAAAUUACUGGAUCAGGAUUUCUAAGCCUGUCUUUAGCAAGAUGUUAUUUCCCAUUUUGCUCCAGACUGGGUUUGCAGCAUACCUUGGAUCUAGACAAUAUAAACUCCUUAUAAAGGCUCUUCAGUUACCUGAACCUGACCUAGAAAUUCAGUGAUGUUUAAGCAAAUCUGUACACAAAAAUAAAACUAAAAAUAACCUACAUCUAA